GUUCUACUGGCAUCCACAUCUGCACAGAACAUUAGCGCACAAUAGUAGUGUAUUUGUCUUCAGAAUCAGAAUCAAGACACGUCUUCUUCCUCAAAUCGCUGACAAACCAGGAUAAUGGCUAACAUUCUGGACCUUCCAAGGGAAAUCUUCGAGCGUAUCUUCAUGCAUCUCAUCACAACAGAUUGGGAAUGGGGUCACGAACUCAAUCGAGCUGACUGCAUUGCGUAUGUAGCAUGUCACUUGAGGCAGGUUUGCCGACGAUGGGCAGACUGGUUAUACGAGUCUCAUCUGUACCGCACAUUAACAUUCAGCUCGGCUUCGACAGCGAUUGCUUUCGCAAAUCACAUUCGCGAGCGCUCAAAACUUCUUCCCCGGGCCAAGUGCCAAUACUUGGAGAUCAACCACUUCUGGCCUUGGAAGCAUCUACCUGGCCACGCCUAUAAUUACAAUGAGAUCACUUCGGAGGCUUUGGAAGUGUUGAUCGACCUAUUUUCCGAUACGAUCGUCACGCUGGAUCUCAAAUUUAUUGAAUUUUUUACGCUUCCUAGUGAGACCAUUGAAGCCAUUGGAAGGAUUAAGAAUCUACGCAAUCUUACCUUCGAACCCUCACGAUAUCCAUCUGGAAUGGACGAGUUCCCUCCUAGCGAUCCUGAUGAUUUUAACACCUUGUUAAUGGUAACUCGAGGAUUGAAGUCACUUCGCCUGGGACUUCCUGUUUCUCUGCGACCCGAAUCAGGUCUUCCGCCAAUCACUUAUCUGGACUUGAACUUUCAAUUUGAACACAUAGAUUGCAUCAUUAGCCUCUCAAUUGCACUCAAACCCCAUCUGAAAGCACUCUCCCUUCGGAAUUACAGCACUAUUUUCGAUGCACAACCACUUCUACCGAUGUAUGAAAACCUGAGAGAAACAUUGGAAGGACUUUCUGUGUCGGAAUCCUGCUUCUUGGAACCCAUUCUCGACUUCAACUUCCCUAAAUUACAAGUGGUGUCGGUUCAUGACUGGAGGGGUUCAAUCGCCAAUUGGCUGUCUCAAGACUUAUUCUUAUACGCUCCAAUCCAGGCCCUUGCUAUUAGUUCAAGAUCAGUCAAGGGGCUUCAGCAGGCUUUUCCUGCGCACCCAUUAGCGAACCUACCCAAACUGCAACAACUGGUCAUUAUGAAUACUCGCUCUAGUUUUUCACCAACACCAAGUUAUCUCAGUGUCUCUAAAUCACACCGUGUCGAAUGUACCUAUCUUGAUCAUGGCGAAAUGUCCCUAAUAAUGAAAUUGUUAAUGCCAACAGACCUCCUCCAAGUCAAAAAACCCCGCCACUCUCCUCUUAGUUUCAUUCCAGCAACAUAG